AUUUUGAGAACCUUGAGUAAACUUUUGUCCAUCAAUUUUGAAACUCUCACAGUUUCACCAUAUCUGUUAAAUGACAAUGUUUACUCGAGUUUUGUAACCAUUUUUCAUCACUUCUGGUAACCCUUUACCACUUCUGACACCACUAUUUUCAUCAGCAUUCACUUAACCAAAUGGUAUUGCUUAUCCAAUGUAAUGGUGCUUUUUUACUGCAACAAAGUGUUUGUUGAUUAACAUGAGUGAUACCAAUAAAACUUCAAACACUAAACCAAUUAACAAUGUAACUAAUGGUAUAAAAAGCGAUGGUAAAUCAGUCGCAAGUGAUUUAAAAAAUUCAAAACAACAGCAGCAACGGGUUGCUAGGAAAAGUAUAUCCAUUGUCAAGACAACGGCAAAACCGUUAACCAAUGCCGAGCCUGCAACUAAAGUGGAUCGUAAGGGUUCAAAGGAUAAAAUUAUUGGCUCUGUUAAUAAUUCCAUAGUUGGAUUAGUCGACAAAACUGACCCAACAGUUGAUAAAGUGGAUGAGGAUACCAAGAAAGAUGUCAACAAGGAACCAGCCGAGACAACCAGCAAAAAUUUACCAGAUGAUUGUGUGGAUAAGCCAAGUGUUAACCAGAGUGAGGUUCAAGUGAUUGAUCCAAAUGCGACUAAAAAGCCGGGAAUAAAUAAUGUUGAUAAAGUUUCAACUCGAUCAAAUGUUAAACCAACUCCUGUGCCUGUGUUGACCAAAAAACCGGGAACCAAUAAUGCGGUCAAGAAAGGUGAAACUAAAGCCAAACCUGCUAAACCGGGACCAGAAAAGUUUAUUGAGUUAUGUAAAAAAGGAGCUUGGAUUCGAGUGUUGGAAUUAAUGGAUGAAUAUCCAAGUGAGAAUAAUAACAUUGGAUUAAGCUCUGUUGAUCCGGUCUCUGGUUACAGUCCAAUCAUGUUUGCUGUCAAAUCAUCGAGGAUUGAUGUUAUUGAGAAAAUGAUUAAGUACGGUUUUCAUGUAAACAUUCAAGCACAGGAUGGACUAACUGCACUUCAUUUGGCUGCUCAGUCAGGCAAAGAUGAAUUGAUACGAAUUUUAUUAACUGCAAAAGCUGAUCCAAUGAUUCCAGGCGGGGCCAAAAAAGAGUAUCCAAUUCAUAUCUUGAUUCGUAAAGUGAAAGGACCCAAUUCAGGUCCAAUUUCAUCAUUAUUAAAAGCUUGUCCAGAAGAGAUGCGAUUAGCCACUGAUUUGGAAGGUUAUAUACCACUUUUAUAUGCUGUUGAGAUGCAAAAUACUGGACUGGUCCGUGAAUUGCUGUCAGUUAAACCUAAAUUACAAUUAGAUGUAAAGAGGAAAAAAUUUGGUGACACUGCAGUUCACAUUGCCACCCGUAAACGCGACAUUGAAAUGUUUAGAGUGCUUCUUGAAUAUGGAGCAAACGUUAACGCUCAAAAUAGAGAUGGUCAAACUCCAUUACACUUAGUUGCCUGUGAUUCUGAAGACAAUUGGAUCAAAUUUUUACAAAGUCACUCAGCUGAUUCAAAUAUCUGUGAUGCUCAAGAUCGUACGCCUUUGUUUUUAAUCGUUGAAAAAGGUUUAGCUCGACGAGUUGAUUAUAUGAUUGAGAAAUUUGGCGCUUCCAUUAAUUGUAGACCAAUGGAUGGUAAAACGUUGGUUCAUGCUGCUGUUAAAUCAAAAACUGUUGAGCUUCCAUUAAGCUUUAUUAAAAAAGGAAUCGCUAUUAAAACACCGGAUAGAAAUGGAUCUAGAGUUAUUCAUACGGCUGCUGAUUAUGGACACGUUGAUUUGAUCAAGAAUUUGCUGUCAAGAGGUGAAGACGUUGAUGCCCAAAACAAUGAUGGUUAUACACCUUUACAUGUUGCUGCUAAAUCUGGCCGAGAUGAUAUUGCGGAAAUACUGAUUGCGAAUCGAGCCUCGGUUGAUAUUGUUGCCUCAAAUGGAUCUGAAACUCCACUCCAUCUUGCCUGUCGAAGCUCAAAUGGUACUAAUUGUGCCAGACUAUUGAUUAAAAGUGGAGCCAAAAUUAACUCAGCCAACAAGGCUGGAAUGACACCAAUUAUGAUCGCUGCUGAAUCUGGUAAUCUAUCGACUCUUAACCUUUUGCUUGACCAUCAAGUAAAUAUUGAUCUAGUAAAUGAUUACAGUGAAAAUUCAUUACACAUUGCUGUUCGAUCAUGUCACUAUAAAAUAGCCGAAACAUUGAUAAAUACGAUUAAGGAGUGGAGAACAGAUAAAGGCUUAGAAACAUAUGUUAAUCUUCAAAAUAAGAUUGGAGAAACUUGUUUGCAUUAUGUUGCCAGUUUGGAUAAAGGCAAAUUAACUGACCAGGCUGAAGACCGAGGCUUAACAAAGUUAUUACUUGACUCAGGAGGAUCCAUUAUGAUUGGAAAUUUUGAUACUAAAGAAACUCCAGUUCAUUAUUGCUGUCGCUAUGGGUCCAUUGGAGCUCUGGAAGAGAUUAUUCAUGCUAAAUCAGCAACAGAUUUUAUGCUUCUUGUAAAUUCACCUUCAAAGUACGGACUCACACCGAUUCUCCAUGCUUGUCGCUCUGGCCAUGCUGAUAUAAUUAAACUGUUACUCCAGCAAUAUGCUCGGACUGAUGUUUUUGAUGAGAAAGGUCAAGCCUGUCUUCAUUUAGCUGCUGAAUUGGGUCAUGAGGCUGUUGUUGAUAUUUUACUUGAAAAUAAAGCAACAGUAGGAGUCAGAAAUAAACAAGGGAUGACCCCUCUUCACAUUGCCUCUAAAAAUGGGUUUACAUCCAUGGUUAAAUCACUGAUUACUCGGUAUCAAGCUCAAAUUGAUGUUGUGACUUUGAAUAAACAAACACCACUACAUAUGGCAACUGAAAGUGGUGCACUCGAAACUUGUGCUGCUUUAUUGGAGCUCGGUGCCAAUAUGAAUGCGGUUGAUGGGCAUAAUCAAACUCCUCUUCAUUUAGCUGCUGAAAGUAAUCAUUCAGAAGUCUUUAAACUUUUUUUGGAAAAAAAUCCAAACCUAAUCUCAAGUGUUAACGGAUCAGGACUCACUUGUGCUCAUAUAGCAGCAAGUAAAGGAAGCGUUUCCGUUAUCGAAGAGAUGCUCAAAUUUGACAAACAAUCUGUGAUUAAAAGUAAAAUUCCGGGAACAGAGGCAACUGCUCUUCAUGAAGCAGCAGCAAAAGGUUUUGCCGAAGUUGUUAAAAUUCUCGUUGAGGCUGGAGGAUCGGCGCAAGAUGAAGAUAAAGAUGGAAUGACUCCACUCCAUUUGGCAGCUCGUCAUGGACACAUUGAAGUUUUUCGAGUUCUCAAAGACUUUGUUGACCUUAAAAUGGUUUCUAAACGAAAUGGUCUGACAGCUCUUCAUAUAGCUGCCUCUUAUGGCCAAAGUGAUUUUGUUAUUGAACUUUUAUCAAAUGUGCCCGGAGGAAUACCCAGUGUUAAAGGAUCUAUUGGUCCAAACGAAGAGUACGGAGUGACACCUCUUCAUUUGGCAUCAAAAAAUGGACACGAAUCAGUCGUAAGACUACUUAUGAAUAGCACAGGGGUUCAGGUUAAUGCUCAAACUAAAAUCCACGAAUCAAUUCCUAUGCAUUAUGCUGCUGAAGGUGGACAUAUGAUUGUUGCUGGUUUAUUAAUCAGUCGAUCAUCUGAUUCUUUAACCAAACCAGAUAAACAUGGUAAAACAAGUCUGCAUUUGGCUGCUGCUCAGGGGCAUCUCAACAUGGUCUCAAUGCUUCUCGGUCAAGGAGCUGAAAUAAAUGCUUUAGAUAAGGAAGAGUGGACUCCGUUACAUCAUGCAAGCAAAUGUGGUUCUCUUCCUGUGGUUAAACUAUUAAUUGAGAGUGGAGCUGAUACUGAUGCAGUUAAUAAUAAAGGCAAAAAUGCAAUAUAUUUAGCAACAGGAUCAAGUCAUCUGACAGUUCUAAGUUAUCUGGUGAAAAUUCCCCAUGAUUCCCUCAACCUGAUUGAAGACAAAUCGUUCCUCCUUGAUCUGAUGUUUUGCUCAAAAAACCAUGAAAAUAAACCAAUAGAAGAAUUUAUAAUCAACUCAGAAUCACCAAUUUACGUUGCUGUUAAACUGGCUCGUGCAUUUGAAACUCUAGCAAAUCGUGAUAAAGAUAAAUCUCGAGAUUUAUUAGCCGCCUCAUCUUACUGUGAUAACAUUGCCAUUGAACUGUUGAACAUUAUAUCAACUAAUUAUGGUAUAAGUUCACUUCUCAGAGCAACAGAUAAUCGAUCAAUUGAAUUUCUAGACGUUCUCAUUGAAUUUGAGCGUAAAAUGGUCACCUCUCAACACGCUGUACAAAAAUAUUUAUCCAAAGUCUGGCUCGGUAAUUUACAAUGGACAUCAACUCGGUUCACAAUUUUUUUCAUCACUUUGCUAUUAUUUCCACCUUUAUGGGUUGUCGUAUCAACUCCCAUUGGACACAAGUUACAUUCAAUUCCAGUCAUUAAAUUUCUCUCUUUCCUGACCGCACACAUUUAUUUUAUCAUUGUAUUAUCAUCUGUAUUAUUAUUUCCACCUUUAACCAUAGCCUAUUACGAAUGUUGUUUACCUCAAUGGAAUGAAUGGUUACUUUUUAUUUGGAUCAUAGGAUUACUUUUCUCUGAAAUAGUCAAUCCAAGAGACAGAAGUGGACUCGGUAAUAUCAAGAUGAUCAUUUUAGUUUUUUGUUUUAUUGGAGUCAUAAUGCAUUUAAGUGUAUUUGUAUUGAAUUUUUUGAUUGACGAACAUGAUUUCCUCUUGGAUGAACCUUGGUUUACACGGCGAUCUGAUAUAUUAUUUAUGCGGAAUCAAAUUUGGGCCUGGGCAAUGCUAUUUAGUUUUAUUGAUUUUCUCAAUUUCUUAACUGUUCAUCCUCUCUUUGGUCCUUGGGGUGUUAUCAUUGUUGAACUUCUUGGCGAUUUAAUUAAAUUUGUUUCCGUUUUAAUGCUUUUCAUUGCUGGCUUUACACUCCAUAUUUGUGCCAUUUACCAGCCAGUCUACCAAUCUCAUGUUAAUGCUUCAUUUUCUUCACAUGGAACAACGUUCAUGGAACCUGCGAAAACUGGGGAAAUUUUACUUUGGGCUCUUUUUGGGUUAGUUCAACUGGAAGAGUUACCAGCCAAGCAUUUGAAUCCAUCUUUUUCCCAAAGAACCAUGAAAGCCAUUUUUGGUAUUUACAUGUUGCUUAGCAUCGUUGUUCUGAUCAAUUUGCUGAUUGCCAUGAUGUCAAAUACAUAUCAACGGAUUGAAGAUCAAUCGGACAUUGAAUGGAAAUUUGGUCGAGCUAAAUUAAUCCAAAAUAUGAACCGAACCUUACCAACUCCAUCACCUAUCAAUUUAAUUCUCGGGUUACCUCUUCUUCUUCAAAGGAGAAGCAACCGUAAAAAACAAGAUAAAGCAGUGGCUGAUAUGAGGUUGAAAUCGGCUCGGACAAUUACAUCUCGGCGAAACAGCGCUGACACUGUUGAUACUAAGCAAUCGUCAAUCCGUCGAGGUUCAAAGGCUUCCAUAUUAACAGCAAAGACAUUGUUACUUGAUGGUUUUGAUCGCCAAGCAAAAACUGUUUAUAAUGUUGUCAAUUGGCAAACUGUUGUAAGGAAAUAUCAUGAAACUCUUGGUUUAAUCAAGCCUACCGAAGAGGCUGAUGAUACAAUUGAUUCUUAAACUAAACCUAAUUCAAUGGCCAAAAUCUGGUUAAUCACAAUCAAUGAUUGUAAUGUUGAACAAUCUCUUGUUAAUAUUGUAAAUAAAUUUUCAAAAUCAUUUGUAGUGUUAUAAUAUUUACAAUGUGGCACUUUAUUUAUUUUACAAUUACACGCAAAUAAAUGUCAUAAGAUAGUUUAAAUUAAAAGAGGAAAAUCAAACCGAAA